GCCCUCCCCUCUUCGCCCUUCCCUCGCCGGGACCUGCAGCUGCUGGGCGCAGGAAGGGCGGAGCUGAGGGCUGCGCUCCCUUCGCCUCUUUGCGCGGAAACGCGAGAAACGCAGUCGGCCGCGGAGUGCUGGUUCCUGCCGAGGGGAUUAUCCGUCACAGCUGUUCAGCAUGUUUGGAAUGAUCAGAAAUUCCAUUUUUGGGACAGCGGAGACUUGGCCCUGCCGAGUCCUGAACAAGGGGGAGAAGGAUGAGGUAGCCUAUGAGGAGAGGACAUAUGAAGGUGGGAAGUUUGCCACUGUUGAGCUCACUGGAAAGCCUUUUGACGAGGCCUUACGUGAAGCAGUGCUGAAGCUUCUUAAAUAUGUUGGAGGAAGCAAUAAUCAAGGAGCUGGCAUGGGGAUGAUGGCUCCAGUGUGUAGCACAGUGUUUCCUGCAGAGGACGGGUCACUGCAGCACAAAGUGAAAGUCCUGCUACGGAUUCCAAGCCAGUUCCAGGACAACCCACCUUCACCGACUGAUGAGAGCAUCCAGGUUGAAGAAAGAGAAGAAAUGGCUGUUUACUCUACGCAAUUUGGAGGCUAUGCAAAAGAAGCAGACUAUGUGAAUUAUGCCGCCAAGCUAACUUCUGCUUUAGGAAAUGCGGGAACCUUCCACAAAGACUUCUAUUUUUGCAAUGGUUACGAUCCCCCCAUGAAACCCUAUGGGCGGCGCAAUGAGGUUUGGCUGUUGAAAAAGUGAGCAAAAUAAAAAUGCAAAAUUGUCCCAAUUUCUUGAAAGAACUGUAGAGAAUAUCCACAGAUGCAAUGGAAAGCAGAGAUUUACCCAGCAUUUAUUUUUAUUUUUUAAUGAGCACGUUCAUAAAAUUCUUUUGUAUUUGCCAUUGAUUUCAUAAGACAUAAAUUAAAUUUCUUGAGAUUGUUUCUAUCCUCCACAGAAUAGGAAGAAUACAGUGCCUUCUACAAAGAACAAUAUUUUUAAACUCCACUGAGUGAACCAUAAGAAAUGGGUUUUUUUAUAGCACCAGAACAUGUGAGCAGACCAAUUAUUGAAUUAUGAGAAGACCAAAUAUUAAUUCAAAUAAACCCAAGUUAUCUUUUUUUUGGUCAAUUCUCCUUAACCCAAACCUUAAAAAACACCCAAACUAAACUCUACACCAGCAAUUUUUCCCCUUAGUUCAUGUUAUUACAAUAGGUGGCAGCAAUAUCUGUAACAACCCACAAUGACAUAAUCAUGCAACUACAUACUUGCAUCAUGACAUUUGAUGACAUCAUCAUGAACAUGCCCUCAUUCGUCCCCUGAGAUGCCCAUGAUAGAUGUCAACAACAGCAAUUGAUGAUACCCUGACUGGGCAAUUCACAAUCCUCCCAAACAACUGCUCUUUAAACUUAAAAUAGUUAUUUCCAGUGUUAUAGUUCUACUUGGUUUGUGCUAACCUGAAUAGGAAUUGCUACAAUCCUGACAAUGGCUAACAUCUCCAGGUGUAACAGCCUUGGGAAGGACUAGUAUUGGAUACUAUGGGGAUGUACAGAUGUCCAAGGAAUAAAAUACCUCCUUUUUAAAGCCUUUAUAAGGGAGAUACCUUCACUCUAGGGAAGAGAACACACUCUUGUUCCUGAGAUACAACUUUUUAACAUGACGCAGUGUGUAGGGGCUUAUCCAGGGAGUCGCUAGGAGUAAGCAUUCACUUGGAGUCACCAAAAAAAAAAAAAAAAAUAGCAGUUACAUUUGGAAGGGAAGACAGUGCAGAAAUAAAUGAACAGAAAAUUGAAAAUUACUUGUUCAGAGCACCAUUGAGGCAAAAGGGGAAAAAAGGGUGAUUUGUAGAUAUACUGGAUAAGUGGUGAGGCCUUGGACAUCCGCGCCAAAGUCCCACAUUAAACCAUACCUAUGAGUAGCACAACCAGUACCUCCACAGCACAACAUGCCGAAUAACAGCUCUCAACAAAGCAAGUAUUCCUAUUUCCCAGCCAACAGAUUUACUUAUUUGGUGAUUUAUAUCCUCCUUUCUAAAACUCCUCUCAAAAAAUGAACAUUAAAUACCAGUGUAAUCACAAUAAGGAGAAAUAAAGUAUUUGAUUAGGAUUAGAUGAAAGCACAUCUGAAAAUAAAGCUACAUCCAACUGAAAAAGUCCUGCCCGAAAAGAAAGUUCUUGACUACUGACUUAAAAAUGCAAGUCACCCAAAGUAUUGAUAACUUGGCAGGGUAAGAGACACUACACCAAAAAAUGUCUCUUGGUGAGGCCACCGAUGGCUUUCCCAGAUGACAAAGAGCAGGAGAGAAAAAGCUGAAAAAGGCAGUUCCUCGGUUGCUGCUGAUUUUUUUCAUUAUUGGGAAAUGAUAACACGAGGGGGCUGUUUUUGAGUAAGUCUGACUGCUAAACUGUCUUUCAGCAUUCCAGAAAUUCAGACAGGUUUUCAAUCUGACUUAAAUAUGCCAGAAAAACCUGAUGUUUUCUGAAUAUAUAGCAAAUGUUCUGACAUAGAACUCUGAUCCUUCCCUGGGUCUGAUAAUUGUUUACAACAGAAAUACUAGGGUAACAUAAUUGAGCAGGUUACUAAUGUCUCAAAUGGCCUUACGUUGUUGUAAUUCUGGACUUUCUCUGCAUCAGGAUUCUGUGGAGCAUAUCUAGAUCAGCCUUCCCCAGUCUGGCAACCUUUUCCAGAUAUGGCGGAACUGCAGUUUCCCAGCACAACUGGAGGAUGAUGCCAGGCUUGGAAGACUGAUCAAGAGAGUGAAGGCAUUAGUGUGAAUGACUUACAGAAGUAAGAAACUUUUCAUCUUCUACUUUUUCAUUCACAUCUCCUCCCUAUUUUGCCAUAUCAUAUAGCAUCAUUUCUGUUUUCUAAUGCAUAUAAUUAUAUUGCUUGUUUGAUGCAUCUUUGAUUUGUGCAGGGUUUUUUUUAAUGAAAUCUCAAUUUUAACAAAGGUAAUAAAAAUAUACUCAAUGUUUUUUGGGGGGGGAUUAUGUAUGUACAUAGUACGAUUGAAGAUGUGUAGCAUGCACACACAUUUCUCUGUUUGUGUUCUAUGAAUGAUCCUUCGCUAAAUUAUGUUCAUUUCUCUCUCUUCUAAUGAAUGAGGGAUGGAAAAUCUCAGUACAAAUCCCUCUUUCCUCAAUUCCUAUGAUAUGUUAAAGAAUAUAAAUAAAUGCUAUGCCUCCA